AUGCCUCUUCCUUCUUCCCUCGGUCGCCUUCUCCAGGGGCCUUUCGCUUCGUUCAAUCUGCGCAUCUCAUCUGGGGAUACGUUCAGUUCGCUGACCACCGUUCCUUUAGUCGCAAAUAUGCUCAACAAGCUGUCUGGACAGCCGGAGAGCUACGAGAAAAAGGCUCUCUACAAAUUCGGACGAACACUGGGUGCAGGCACAUACGGUAUCGUCCGCGAGGCUGACUCCACCGACGGCAAGAAGGUCGCAGUCAAGAUCAUUCUCAAGAAGAAUGUUCGCGGAAAUGAAAACAUGGUCUACGAUGAGCUUGAGAUGCUCCAAUCCCUCCAGCACCCCCACAUCGUCUCGUUCGUCGACUGGUUCGAAUCGAAGGACAAAUUCUACAUUGUUACGCAACUAGCUACUGGUGGCGAGUUGUUCGACCGCAUUUGCGAGUAUGGCAAGUUCACUGAGAAGGAUGCGUCGCAAACCAUUCGCCAGGUGCUUGAAGCUGUGAACUACCUGCACAAGCGCAACAUCGUUCACCGAGAUCUCAAGCCCGAGAAUUUGCUCUACCUCACCCGCGCCGCCGAUUCUCAAUUAGUGCUCGCAGACUUCGGUAUCGCCAAAAUGCUCCACAGCCCCUCCGAGGUCCUCACCAGCAUGGCUGGUUCUUUCGGAUAUGCCGCGCCCGAGGUCAUGCUCAAGCAAGGCCACGGCAAGGCCGUUGAUAUGUGGUCGCUCGGUGUUAUCACCUAUACCCUCCUCUGUGGAUACUCCCCCUUCCGUUCCGAGAACCUCACCGACCUCAUUGAAGAAUGCCGAACCGGUCGCAUCAUCUUCCACGAGCGCUAUUGGCGCGACGUGUCCCAAGACGCCAAGGACUUCAUCCUCACCAUGCUCAACGCCGAUCCCGCCAAGCGAGUCACCUCAGAGGAUGCCCUCAAGCACGAGUGGCUGACCGGAGAAUCCGCAAGUGACCGUGACUUGCUGCCCGAGAUCCGCGCCUACAUUGCGCGCGCUCGUCUCCGUCGUGGAAUCGAAAUCGUCAAGCUCGCCAACCGCAUUGAGUCCCUCAAGAUGCAUGAAGAAGAGGAUGGAGAGGACAUUCCCAGUCCCAUGGACAUGGGUGCCGCCUCCGAGGAGUCGGCUGAAGCCCCGCCGCCAAACGGUGAGAGUAGCCCGGCCCCCGGCCACACAAAGAAGAAGAGCCUUGGUAGCGCUGCUCGUGGAGCUAUCUUCCGUGAGGUUGUUCUGGCCAAGGUUCGUGAACAAAAGGAGAACGAGGAGCGAGAGAAGGUUGAGCGUGAAGCUCGUGAGAAGGCUGCCUCCGCAUAA